CCGGAUGGCAGCGUUCGAAACUCCGUGGCUGAUUACGAUGUCGGGAGCUCAAGGACAGGCUGCAGCGCCAGUAUCUGCUUCGCCUACAACAGCUCUGUCUGCAUCUCCGACUUACGCGACCUUUGUUGCCCCGGAUACCAACCAUGUGCACCCCAAUUCCCCGCUUUUAGCCCAAACACCUCCGAGCGUCACCCGCGCUCUGUCGCUGGCGUAUCCCUACAUCGCGGCUGCUGAUCGUGCUGCCGCGCUGCUGACCUGGACCUCUGGCGACGUGUGGGCGUCGUUUCUUCUGGUUGCUGCGUGGGCGGGCAUCGUCUUGCAUUGGGAGUCGAUCGUCCGAUACGGUGGGCAUCUUGCAAUCGUCGGCGCUUUCGCUGCGUACCUGCAUUUCCGAGGCCGGGCGGGCAAAGAUCAAGAUGAGAAUCCUACGCUCGAUGGUAUAAUCCACACUCUCAACACACUCACCACCCGUCUUGACAUGCUUGUCUCGCCUGUGACCUCGAUCUCUCUGACCUCGCGAGAUCUGUCCCGACUGCUUUUCACCACUCUGUUUCUCUCACCUUUGUACAUCAUCAUCACCUUCUUCUUACUCUCCCCGCGUCUGAUUGUUCUGACUGCGGGGACUAUCGUGCUGACAUACCACUCGCUGCCCGCUCGCGUCACGCGAACUAUCCUUUGGCGCUCGCGUCUGGCCCGGCUUUUGGUUUUCUACCUCACCGGAAUUGACUUCUCUCGCAGCAAACGUCCGGGCAUGGGCUCUCGCGCUCAGUCGUCUGCCAGCGCGUCGUCGUCGAAAACAGCUCAACAGACACAGCAAGCCCAGGCUCGCACGGACGCAAACGGAAACGAGGUUGAUAUCGCGCCAAUGGUGGCACAGAGCUACUCGACCUCGCUUGCGCAGGAUGUCGCAGACGUGCUCCGGCACCGAGAGCAAGUCAAGAGCGGAUCUGCGCCGGGCGCGGGACAGUCUGCGUCUGAGCCCGUGCGGUUUUCGUACGUUGUGUAUGAGAAUCAGCGCAAGUGGCUAGGGAUUGGGUGGACGGCGAAUUUGCUGGCGUAUGAGCGCGGGACGUGGACGGAUGAGUUUUUGAACGACUGUCCUAGUGCCGACGAGUUCACGCUCCCUGACGCAGAGGGAUCGGGUAUGCGGUGGAAGUGGGCCCAUGCGGAGUGGAAGAUUGAUAAGACGAAUGGAGACGAGGAGGGAUGGCUUUACUAUGACAAUACAUGGAAGAAGCCGUCGAAAGAGGACGCGUUUGGGAAGUAUACUCGGCGACGGAGGUGGGUUCGGACUGCGGAGCUGGUGGAGGAUGACGAACUGACAGCCGCUGAAACGGAGGUGACUGGGCUUGCGCCGGUGACUGGUGAUGUGGAAGAUUACAAGCCUGAGCUGGAGAGAAGCGAAUCUGAUGGUGUGGUCAGCGACGACGAAGAGAGCGCUGGCGGAGAAAACGAGGCAGAGAAGGACACGCACCAAUUGGCGUCGGCGUCGACUCCCGUUUUGCCGAGCGAGAUCGAUUCGGUCGAGGGACAGGGCAGUCAUCAUCACCAUAACGGACUGCAUCUUCACCAUCACCGUCGUCAGGAGAGUAAUGGCAGUGACACGACGAAGCAUGAUACAUGGAGCGAGCUCAAGAAGCGGACGAUGCUGAGGCAUGCGGCGACGCCAAGCGAGGUUGCAAAUGAUGUCGAGUAAAGCGUUUGAUUCUUCUUUUACUUUUAUAUUUCUUAUCUUUUCUUGCUGUUGUCUAUUCUUUACGGGCAGAGUUGGUCGGGUGCAGACCAUUGACCGGUAUCAGCUCGGAGAUGGAGCACUGCUUGCAGACAAAAAUCAAGCUUUUUUGUUGUUGUUGUUGUUGUAUUAAUAGUAAAUAGUGUUAUUGUUUCCAGUCCUGUUGAUUCAGAGCAGAUCUAGGCAGCAUGGAUUAGGUCCAUGUGCAGAAGGCUCUGUUGAAUUGAUCUCGCGGUUUGUUUACAUCGGUCGUUGAGCAGUUAAUUAAUUGCUGUCAGAGCACGGCAAUAAACAGCUUGCGGAAAACUAU